AUGGACGACCCUUGCGAAGAGACGAAAACUCCGCCUGAACUUCGGGACAACUCUGAAGUUGAGGUAAGGAUUUUAUGAUUUUUUAUUGUUUGUAGAUUUUAGGUAACAAUUGGGCGAUUGUUUGAGUUUUUAUCGGUUCUCUGACUGAUGUUAUACUAUCCAUAAGACCUGUUUCUUCAGCUCAUUCUCGACUAGAUUGCUUUAGCAUUGACAGUGUAGUCACAGGGGUGUCGGUUCUGGGAUUCGCUGGAAAAAUUUUUAUUUUUUAUAUGUUUAUUACCUAAAAUUACCUUCUCCAUGAAAUUGCUAUGCCUAAUGCGGAAUUUUUCAGUCUAAAUGUGAUCUCGGCCAGGAGUUUGGCAACCUGUCGACAAAUUGUGACACGGACAGCGAGAUAGACGUUGGAGAACCCCCUGUAGCCGGUUUUUACGAAGUUUUUGAUAACAUCGAGAGGUUCAACGACGUGCAGGUUCGCCGGUCUGAAAGACCACGAAAGAAAAAGGUGUUUGAUGACACUGUUACCAGUUUCUCUGAUUCAGACUCUGAUGUUGAUCUCAAAGAUUUUGCGGAGAAGUUGAAGACAGAUGUGCGAGUUUUUGAUCGGUCCAAUGGAAAAAGACAGUCAGCUACGAGAACGAGGAGAAUCACAGUAAUUUUUGACGUUUUUCUUUUGAAUUCUUAGGUCAAAACUGGGGAAGUGGUGCGACAUUUCUGCUAAAUGUUGCAGUUUUGAUUGCAAACCUGCAGAAUCUUACCUGGCGACCUUAUUUUAGACAUCACAGCUCUUUCGAGUGGAAGAUCCGGAAGCUCCUGAAGACCCGGAGCUCACCCAGUUUCUUCGCACCGGGACCUUCAAAACGGUUGCAGAACAAACAUCGAGAGAACAAUUCGACGCCAAACGAAUCGAUGAGAAGAAAUUUGAACGAACGGUGGACAGCAUUAUCAAGAAGUCAUGGUUCGAAGAUGAUGUCAAGGCGGGGAUAAAAAAUGCAGUCGACGCCAUAUUAUGUCACGGGAUGACUCAAAAAAGAGCUGUUCGGCAGUUCAAACUGCAGUGGAUGGACUUGGAUUCAAUCUUGACCAGGAUUUACGAGAAGUUCGGAUUUGACGAAUCCGGAUUCAAAGUGAAGAAAAUUAGGUAAUACCUGGAUUCAGAGGGCUAUUAUUACGGCUUUUAAGGUGCAUUGACUAAAGUUUCGAAAUGAAAAAAUAAAAAAAUAUUUUUUAGUGAAUUUACAUUAUUUUAGGUAUAAUGUUAUCGAAACUAAGGGUAUUUUUGUUGUGAAAUUUUGUUUUUCGUACCAAUUUUUUUUCUAUUGAGCGUUGAAGCCCUAAUUCAACUAUUUUUGGUUUCAGUUUCCCCAAAUUUCAACCAGAAAUAAGAAAUUCUGAUGAAAAAGACGACGAGUUCGCUCCUCCGGAGUCUCAAGAUUUUGAGUCGUCUGAGGAUGAGCAAGUCAGUGGAUCCGAUGGAAUUGAAGUUCUCUCCAGAUCAGCGGAACUACAGAUGUUCGGAAGGGAGGACGAGUCGGAUAAAUCGAAAAGAACUAGCAACAAUUUUGCAAUCCUUGGAAAACACGCCAACGGUCGGAAGUAUGCUCGUUAUGGGAUUUAUAUCCCGAGUCAUUGGAAGAAAUACAAGGAUGGUGGGUCUUUUAUUAUUUUUUUGUUGCAUUUUAGGGCCGGCUCGAGAUAAUUUUGCCAAUUUUUCAGCAAUGAAGGCUGGAAUUUGUCGAUCUUUGGAGUUCCACAAUUAUCGUAGCCAAAGCAUGCUGCAAAAGCGCGUCGGAGUGGCUGAUAAGUACCUGGCAAUUGAGGACGUACUUGUUAAUGGUGGUAGUGUCAAACGCAACGCCAUGAAAUAUAAUGUAAGCUUCAUUUUGCAGAAUUGUGUUGGAGUGUGUUUAGUGUAAUAUCAUACGGUAAAAUUCGGUGUUGAAGGGUCGGAUGUAUCUGAAAGUCUCAAUAUGGCAUUAAAUCGGUGUGUCAGUGUUAUUCAGCCGAUUGAGAUGCGUUAUUUUAGAUAUCAAAAUUAUUUUUCUGAACUUCUUACCUAAAAUAAGGUCAGGGGUUAUAAAAUUACGCAAUUUUAGACGUAACCACUUUUAAAAUCGAUGGCUUUAAACCAAAAAAUUGUUAUCACGAUUCAUUGCAUUUGCAAUCCUUUAGAUCAACUACUCGACCCUCCAAAACUUCUCCCAUCGAGCCAUCUACGUCAUCUCCAAAGUCCUCGGUGAAACCAAAGUCUUGCCCGAAACCGUAUCGCGGCGAGAAGAGGAUCAGCCAUGGGACGUAAUCUUCCGUGAGAUGGUGUCGGAGGCGCCGGCUUGCUGUGUUCGAGUCAUUUUCAAACGCCGGAAGUAA